AUGUUAAUAACUGGCAGCAGCCUAAAGCUGAUAGAAGAAAUAAAAAAGGCUCUACAAAGAGCUUUCAAGAUGAAAGACUUAGGGGAGCUCAAAUACUUUCUGGGUAUUGAAUUCACAAGAUCCACAGAAGGGAUACUUAUGCAUCAGAGGAAGUAUACUAUUGAACUUAUAGCAGAGGUAGGGGUGACUGCAGCCAAGCCAGCAGGAACACCUAUAGAUGCCAACAUCAAGCUUACAUCAAGGCAGUAUGAUGAUCAUGUGAACAAGAAGCAAGAAGAGUCACAUGAUCCUCUGAUAGACCAAGCAGCAUAUCAAAAACUCAUAGGUAAGCUUUUGUAUCUCAAUAUGACAAGGCCAGAUAUAACCUUCAGUACUCAAACAUUGAGUCAGUUCCCAAAUCAGCCAAAGAAAUCCCACAUGGGGGCAGCACUAAGAGUAGUCAGGUAUUUGAAAAAGCAACCUGAACAAGGUAUACUACUGUCCAGUCAAUCAAACAACCAAGUCACUGCAUUCUGCGAUGCAGACUGGGCAGCUUGUGCACUCACCAGGAAAUCAGUCACAUGCUACUUGAUCAAGAAGGGAAAGUCAUUAAUAUUAUGA